AUGGUCCGCCACAAGAAAGACUUCAAGGGCAACAACAAAUUCCGAAACCCAGCGAAAGCACGCGCGCCUCCUCGCCCCCGCCGCGCAUCAGAUGCAGAAGAAGAGGAGAACGACGGCGCCAACCCGAGACCUGCGAAGCCCGAGUUCAAAGCCGCAUGCUGGGACCUCGGACACUGCGAUGCGAAACGCUGCUCUGGCAAGAGGCUCAUGCGCCUGGGCAUGAUGCGCGAGCUUCACGUAGGGCAGAAGUUUGCUGGUGUAGUGGUCAGUCCGAAGGCGAAGAAGAUACUGAGUCGCGAAGACAAGGAUCUGAUGGAGCAAUACGGCGCUGCGGUCGUAGAAGCCAGCUGGAAGAGGAUAGACGAAGUCCCAUUUGGCAGGAUAGGUGGCAAAUGCGAACGCCUACUUCCGUACCUUGUCGCCGCGAAUCCAACAAACUACGGUCGUCCUUGGCGAUUGAACUGUGUCGAAGCUCUGGCGGCUUGUUACUAUAUCACUGGACACCCUGAAUGGGCCGAGUCGAUCCUCUCGACUUUCUCCUAUGGUCAAGCGUUCUUGGACAUCAAUGCCGCACUGCUCAAGCGUUACAUGGCGUGUGAAAACGAAGAACAAAUCAAGAAGGCUGAGGAAGUCUGGCUAGAGAAAAUAGAGCGCGAGUACAACACGAGUCGCACAGAGAAAGAGGAUGGCGUGGAAGAGGACGUCUGGGCGGGUGGAAACAUGAAUCGGCGGGUUAUCGACGAAUCAGAUGAGGAUGAGGAUGAGGAUGAGGAUGAGGAUGAGGAUGAGGAUGGAGAGGAAGAAGACGAGGUUGACCCGCGAAACCCGUAUAACAUCCCGGAAUCUUCAGACGAUGAAGAAGAGAUGGCUGAGCUAAGGCGCCGUGUCUUGGCAUCGAAGCCCUUUACCAACCCUGCACCAAAGGAUGAUGAAGAUGAAGGCGAGGGCGACAAGAAGGUACCCGAACGCAUACCUCAAACGGAACCUGCACCGGAGAAUGCCAAAGCCGAAGUGGAGGACGACAGCGAGCCCGCGGAAGGCGAUGCAGAUGAUGAUGAAUUCGAUAGCUUCAUGGCAGCGCAACCUACCACGGGCCGGACAGGCAUAAGCAGCAAGCAGAGAUCAAAGGCCAUGGAUGGCAAGUACAAGGCCACCUUCUCGAGUGGCAGUGUAAAGGCACCCAGUGGACGCGGCUACCAAUAG